AUGAAGUUUAACUCUGGUUUUGGCUAUGACAACAAAGCUAAAAAGUUCACGGCCCCGGAUGAAGUUUGGGAUGCAUACUGUCAGGCUCACCCAAAAGAUGCAUACUUGCGCCAUGGGACUUGUCCGGAUUAUGAAGACUUGGAAAUGGCUAUUGGAAACGGUGUGGCGGUAGGGAAAAACUCAAUUGGAUUGGGUAGUGCUACUGAUGCUAGGACACUAGGAGCUGAUGAAAAUAGAGUUCCGCACAUAGAGGAGUUGAAUUAUGAUGCUGAAAAUGAAGCGUUUGUAGGUCUUACUCAAGACGAUCCGCCAUCAUCCGGUUCCAAAUCACCUUUGGUAUUUCCUGAAGUGUCUGUGGAAUCCACUCAGAGAAGAGCUCCCGCCAAAAGAAGUAGAGGCCAAUUUGAGAUAAAUUCUGGUCACACUGAAAAUAGUUCGCAUCAGGAAUUCAUGGCAGAAAUCAAAAAAAUCACUACCACAAUAGAAGGAGUUCAAAGCCUCUUGGUGAAACGAGAUACUAUGCUAGAGAAGAAAGAAAGGGAAAAAACUUAUACAACUUGGGAUGCUAUCAAAGAAAUCCCAUAUUUGACUGAAGACGUCCGCACCAAAGCAUUUGACUUGCUUGAUACCAAGUCCAAAAAAGAUGGAUUUUUGAGAAUGACUGUUGAUGAACAUAAAAUUGAAGAUGAAAUUGAAGAUGAAAUGGAAGAUGAACUUGAAGAUGAAAUUGAAACAGAAAUGGAGCUUGAAUAUUAUGAUCAGGUUAGGCUUUUGAUGGAGGCAACUAAGGAAUUGAGCGAAAAUUAG